CACUCCGGCUUUUUAAUGCAGCAGAACAAACCUUGUAACGAAGAUGGACUUGGGUUUGGCAUUUGAUGAUGAAGAUCUUGAAUUUGUGAAAAAGAAAGAUAAAGAAGGCCGAGCUGGGACGUACUGCGCAAGGAUGUUAAAACCAAUUUGGUUUGAUUCAGUUCUGGAGUCACAUUUAAAAGGCUCCCCAUGUGCAACAGAUUUAGACCCUGAGCAAGUCCCUCAUACAUUUAAGAUGAGUGGUGAUUACCACUACCAUCAACAAAAUUUUGAUAAAGCAGCUGAACAGUAUCUGGCAUCUUUGGAUAUAUUGCCCCAUAACUAUGUAGCAGUACGCCAGGAUAUCACUGAAUCACUGUGUCGGUGUUACAUUUAUUCUGGCCAUACAGAAAAAAGUUUGCAGUUGGCUAGAAAUUUGGUGAAGGAAUUGAUGAAAGAAGACGUUGCCCACCAAAGACAGUCAUUAAUAUUAUUGUGUACAGUGUGUGAAUUAGCAGAAAGGUGGGAAGAAUGUGUAGAGUGUCUAGAAAAAUUGUGUUUGAUGCAGCCUUAUUAUGCUCAUUUUUGGAACCAACUGGGAGAUGCUUACCUAAAGCUGCUGGAGCAUUCAGAUUCAAGUCUGAUCAAUGAUGAUGAAUCAGCUAGAAAAUAUCACAUUAAAAGACUUACUUGCUACAUCAGAGCUAAACUUCUACACCAGGCAAUUAUUGGGACUGCUAGCUGUUUUAUCCGACUAAGGAAUGUCAGUUUAAUAGACAAGCUUGAAAAUAAAAUUAAUACCAUUCCUUGUUCACCUGAGGAAAAAGUUCUUGCCACAGAGUUUACCCAGCAAGAAAUUGAGACACAAGGAAUUGAUUCAAAAGACUCAGUGGAAGAAAAUUGUUUACCAGAAACUGUUUUAGCAGAAUCUAAAAACAACACAACACACUCAGAUCUGUUUUAUCAAAGAUUCUGCUCUUGGUGCCCCAGUACAACUUCUCAAGAAAUACCUAAUACUUAAAACUUCAAUAAAUUUAUUGUAAUAGUUCUUUCAAGAA